GGAGAUCACGCAAUCGGAGCCCCGCAUAUUUUUCGUCCUCUUCUUCUACCCCUCUCGAUUUCGAAGUGAGAGGGGAAAAAACGAAAACCCUAAUAAGCGAGUAGUAGAGCUCGAAAAUGGCUUCUCCCCUCCUCGAUCUCCUCCUCUUCCUCCUCCUCCUCCGCCUCUCCCUCUCCUUCUCCUCCUCCUCCAUGGCCAUGGCGGCGAGGAUAGCCCCUAUAAUCGAGGAGAGUUCCUCUUCCUCCUCCUUGGGAGUCCACGUAUUCGACACUUCCAAUUACGGGAAACUUCAGCUCAACAACGGCCUCGCUCUCACUCCUCAGAUGGGAUGGAACAGUUGGAAUUUCUUUGGCUGUAACAUCAAUGAAACAGUCAUCAAGGAAACAGCUGAUGCACUGAUCUCGACCGGGCUGGCUGAUUUAGGUUACAAUUUCCUUAACAUUGAUGAUUGUUGGUCUGCCGUACGCAGAAAUUGGAAGGGUCAAUUGGAACCUGAUCCAAAGACUUUUCCUUCAGGCAUCAAAGCUCUUGCUGACUAUGUGCAUGAAAAAGGUCUCAAGCUUGGUAUUUACUCUGAUGCGGGGGUUUUCACAUGUCAAGUUCGACCAGGAUCGCUAUUCCAUGAAGAUGAUGAUGCAAAGCUCUUUGCAUCAUGGGGAGUUGACUACUUAAAGUAUGAUAAUUGUUACAAUUUGGGAAUAAAGCCAAAAGAACGUUAUCCUCCAAUGCGUGAUGCACUGAAUUCAACUGGGCGUACUAUAUUUUACUCCCUGUGUGAGUGGGGUGUAGAUGAUCCAGCCUUAUGGGCUGGCAAAGUUGGAAAUAGUUGGCGAACAACAGAUGACAUUAAUGAUACGUGGGUUAGCAUGACUACAAUUGCCGAUAUGAAUGACAAGUGGGCUUCGUAUGCGGGACCCGGUGGAUGGAAUGACCCAGAUAUGUUGGAAGUUGGUAAUGGGGGGAUGACCUAUGCAGAGUACCGUUCUCAUUUUAGCAUCUGGGCUCUUAUGAAGGCUCCUCUUUUAAUAGGUUGUGAUGUCCGAAAUAUGACAGCAGAAACACUGGAGAUCUUGAGCAAUAAGGAGGUCAUUGCAGUUAACCAAGAUCCUCUUGGAGUUCAAGGAAGGAAAGUAUUGGCUGAAGGAAAUGGUGGUUGUGGCCAGGUGUGGUCCGGGCCUCUCUCUAAAGGGCGCAUGGUUAUUACUCUGUGGAACCGCUGUUCCGAAACUGUCACUAUCUCCGUCACAUUGGACAUACUUGGUCUCGACACAGCCACUACCUAUUCGGCGAGAGAUUCAUGGAAGCAUGAAACUCUUGAAGAGAAUGUCACCAUAAGUUUCGGAGCUCCAGUGGAUGUUCAUGAUUGCAAGAUGUACAUCUUCUCUCCUAUAACCUCAGUUUCUGUUAGUUAGCCGUUCACGAGGAAUGUAUUGAUGCCCCUUGUAUCUCUUGUUUCUGAUACACAAUCGAAGAAUAAGCACACUUUUGCUGUAAAUGACAUUCCAUUGUUAUCAGAUGAACUGGACGAGUGAUCUGAUCAUCUUAAUUAGAAGCUCAGAGCAGUUUCGACACAGAAUACAA